AUGAACACCUCUGUCGUUCGUAUCCAAAGCUUCUUCAGGAUGGUCAUUAUCAAGCAGCAAUAUGUACGCCUAAGGAAUGCAGCAAUGCUGUGUCAAGCUGGAGCUUUGAUGAGGCUUCGUCGGGGAGACUUUCUUCUAGCCAGGCGCAUGGUCGUAAAAAUACAGCGCUGGUGGCGUUCGAUGCUUUUACUACGGGGAUUGGAUCUGGAACUGGCGUUGCCUCUUCCUAUCAAACUGCCAAAGAAAGCGGACUCUGUGAUCAAACGACGUGAGCGUGUUUCAUUUGAACUGCUGAGACCUCACCUUCUGAGGGUCCAAGGGGUGUUCAGAGUUGAACGAAUGCGUCAGGAGACCCACUAUGCCUACCCCAUCAGCUUGAAUGCAAACUGCGAUUGCCGUGCUAUAUAUCCUCGCACGUGGGCACAGCCGCUUCAGGAUCUUUUAGUGCAAAUAGAGAUAUCUCUGACCAGGCAACACAACGGAUACAUGGCUGAGGCUGCACAUAUGGUGCCGAUUAUGCUUCAAGACUUGGCAAUUGGCGGCCACCACAGUCUGGCGCUUCUAGCGGUGAGACAGCCGGCUUCCGAGAACUUCGCCACCCGCGUCCGAGCAGUUGUCAAGGGAGGAAGUUGGCAGGACUUCAACCUUGUCCCCAGUGUAUAUGCAUGGGGUUGGGGGGAUAGAGGACAACUUGGGGAACCGCAGACCCCAAGGGAGCAGGGAAUGGCCUGCGUCGGCCCCCUGAAGUUUGUAGACCGGGUUUUCAAAGAUACAGUGGACUCGAAAACCGGUAGGUUUUCCGACAGUUUGUCAUUCGGAAGGAUGAGCAUGCACUUGGCAGAAAGGAGCGUUGAAGUGUGUAUGUAG